UUUAAAUACUUUGAAUAAUAUAUACAAAAUAUUAUUUUAGCGAUAACAAUAGUAGAAGUGGAAGAACGAAAAUUACAUUUUACUGGCAUUUAUCCAGUAAGUUAAAAAAUUAGCUAAAUACUAACCUAACGGUAAAAUAUCAAAUAGUGUGCUGAACACAUCCAGUGCUUUUGCAUAGCGUCCUUUGGAUCUUUACUAACACUGAAUAAAUGGUAAACUCGCGGAGAUUGCUAGUAAUGUGGACGGAAUUUAACUACUGAGUUCAUUUUCUCAAAUAAAUUUGUACUUUUACUAGUUUCUUGAAAACUUCGCGAUGCGAAUCUUUGACAACUUCAAAUCCCACGAGCCGGGCAGCCGCCUGAGCGUAAACCUCAAAAAGCACGUGAAUCCACAGUCGCCGCUUGCCGAUCUGCGAAAUAAUCUGAAUGAGAAAAGUAAAAUUCGAGAAUAUGCACAAAAGCUGAUUACAAAUGAGCAACAAAUGGGAUCCAUGCUGGACACGAUCUCUUCCACCGAAGAGGACCACCGCGUUGCCACUGUGACCGGAUGGUCUACGGUGUACAUCGCCAACUGCGCCGGCGUUUCCAAUUCUUCCAUUUUUGUGGCGCUCAAGUGGGUGAUGAUGCCCAUUAAGGUGAAGAUAUUCAACUUCAAGCGAAGUGGACCGGAAGAUGAUAUGGCACGUGGACAAUUUCUGGUGGACAACCUGUUAAGCGCAAAUCGCUUAAAACGCUUGCAAGAUGAAGUAGCAGUUAUAAACACGUGCCAGAAAAUCGAGGUGCGUGUCACACCCGGUCUGCCCAAAUCGGUGAUGGGUACCCAGAUAACAGAGGAAUUUACAACUGCCGUGGAGGUGGCCCUUAGAUCACGCUACGAGGUGGCUUCACGCACCUUAGAUCUAUCCAGGUUCCACGCCAGUCCGGAGUUGGCUGUGCACUUUUGUCCGCUGCAUGUGGUCAAGCUGCUAGAAACCGUGCUAGUUCUAUCGAGCCAUAUAUUUCCCCAUGUGACCGGCAUAGUACUGAGCAACAAUUAUUUGUGCUCCCUGAAAGCCUUUGCUGGAAAUUCCCAAAGUUUUGCCAGCCUAGAGCGAUUGGACAUAAGCGCAAACAGGAUUCAAGAUUUGGGAGAACUCAAUUACAUCAACAAGCUGAGUUGCAAGACGAUCUUUUUGGCAGGAAAUGGUUUGGCCAAGCAAUGCGUGGACGUCAUUCGAAAAAUGCUACCCCAGUUGAAAAAUGUUCAUGGUUGCGUGCAGUUGGGGGAAAGUACAGAAGCUGUUGAUAAUCUUCCGAAGUUUCAACAACUUCAAGGCGGUGGAACUAAUGGUUUAGAGUUUUGCCAACGCUUCAUAAGCUUAUACUACACUAUCUUUGACGAUACCGAAAAGCGUUUCAAACUUAAGAAGUACUACGACGACCAAGCCAUGUUCUCGCUUAGCGUGCCGGUACAACUAAAUUAUGUCUACGGCUACAAGCUGUACAACAGAAACCAGAAGCACCAGCACUCCUCGUUUGCGCAAAACGCCAAGCUGCAAGUGGGUAGCGCUGAGCUACUUCUCGCUUUAAGCCGCUUGCCUUUGAUGCUUACAGACUUACAGAAUGUAGGGCUAGACAUCCAGGUGUUCACUUCGAGUCUACGCAUCUUUACGUUGACGGGAUACUUUGAGGAGACAUCAUCGGAUACUCUGAAACCACGACGCUUUCAGCGCACAUUUGUAUUGCAAACUCUCAACAGGCCAGGCUGGUUGAUAACCAACGACAUGCUGUGCAUAACUUCGACUAUGCCGGAGCCAAAAGAAUCAAUUAUAUUUAAACCACAAACUAAUUUGAUAAAUACCGACCCGUCGGUAAAAAAAAUAAAUAAACCUGCAGCGACAGUUGUAAAGACAUUGCACAUCAAAACUAAGGCUAAAAAGAAAGUCCAAAUUUCUAGCCCCCUUUUAGGUGAAGAGCUGAAUCCUCUUAAUCAGGCAGUGAAGAAAAUAAGCCUUUCAGAUUCCCAGAUGGACCAUCUUCCCAUUGAGAACUUCAACGAUAUGCCACCACUAGUACCCAUUGGUCCAUUGACUACCAACCGAAAUUCUUUGGACGAGGAAAUGGAGGAUAUUUUACUGGCCGAUGAGAAUAGCUUUGAACUGGACAUAAUGUUUGGAUGCAAUGACCUUUAAAUAUGAACAAAAGAUAAAUGAAACAAAUCAAACAAAUAGCUUUAAGAAACCUUGCACCUAUCGGUUAAGACACCAUACAUUACUAUUCAUUACUUUAACGAGUGCAGAACUCAAGGAUCUAAUUUAUUUUUAAACUUUUUUAUUUA